AUGGCAUCUGCAGCAGGUUCAGGUUCGGAGCUUGAGUAUCUCAAGACAUUGGUUAACCAACUCCAAGAUAAAAUUCACCAACUUGAAAAAUCAACUUCUUCAUCUGUGUCUUCAGCUGUCGAUACUGCCAAAGCUGCAGUUGGUUUAGGUGCACCCAAAGAUGCUCCUCGAAUGGUCUUGAUUGGUCCACCCGGUGCUGGAAAAGGUACACAAGCACCUAACAUCUCAUCUAAAUACUGUAUUUGUCAUUUGGCUACUGGAGAUAUGCUCAGAUCUCAAGUUUCCAGACAGACUGAAUUAGGUAAAGCGGCUAAAAAAAUCAUGGAUCAAGGUGGUUUGGUCAGUGAUGAAAUUAUGGUCGGUAUGAUCAAAGAGGAAUUAAGUAAAAAUGCUGAAUGUAAGAACGGAUUCAUCCUUGAUGGAUUCCCUCGAACAGUUCCCCAAGCUUCAAAACUCGAUGCAAUGUUAACAGAAGCCAAACAAGCCAUUGAUCACGCUAUCGAACUUAAGAUUCCGGAUGCUCUUUUGAUCUCAAGAAUCACAGGUAGAUUGGUACAUCCCGCUUCAGGAAGAAGUUACCACAGGGAGUUCAACCCACCCAAGAAACCAAUGACCGACGACCAAACCGGGGAACCUUUGAUCCAAAGAUCAGACGAUAACGUCGAGACACUCAAGAAGAGAUUAACGACUUAUCACGCUCAAACUGGUCCCGUAGUUGACUAUUACAAGAAAACAGGUGUUUGGACCCCUGUAGAUGCUGCUCAAUCACCUAAAUUAGUUUGGGCAUCAGUUAGCAAAAUUCUCGAAGGCACUAAAGAUGGUAAAACCGUUAGAGCCUAA